AUGGAUACAGAUCCAGCAGACCUUCCCCAAUUUGUAUAUAGCCUUUCUCAGCGUGUGGAUCAAAUGGGAAUAGUGUUAAGAGAACUAGAGAUUGAAAAUCAGUCAUUAAGAAGAAUGAUCAGAGAAUCCAUUGCACCUAAACCUGAAGCUAUCCCAGAGCCUGUUGUUUCUCUACCAGAACCCUUUUCUGGAAAUAGAAAACUUUACCGCCAGUUCAAAACAGCUUGUCUUUUACUUUUUAGCCUAAAGCCUAAAACCUAUUGCACAGAAAGAGUGAAGGUUCUCACAGUAAUAUCAUUUCUCAGAGGUGAACCACAGGUUUGGGCUGAUGCCUCCUUUGAAACUAAUCAACCCAUCCUUGGAUCAUUAGAUAAUUUCUUCACCCAAAUGGAUUAA